AGUGUGACGUAGGAGGAAGGAGACGCCAUUAGAGGGAGGCGGAGAGGGAACGCUCUUCGCCUUUCCUCCCGGUGUUUGACGUGGUGGCUGAGGGCUCUUCAUUUCCCGGACUUCUUUCUGUCUCGGCCCUUCCAGGGCCUUGUCGGAGGAGGAGCGGGAGCCUGCGGCCGGGUGGGCGGCGCGGCGGGGCGGGGUGAGCGGGCCGCGGCCCUGACGGCGCUGUCGCGGCUGUGGGGAGCUCGGCGCGGCUCUCGGGCUCGGGCGGCCGGGCAGCGUCGGGGAUGGCUGCGGCCGGCGGCGGGGCGGCGGCGGCGGCGGCGGCGGGCCGAGCCUACUCGUUCAAGGUGGUGCUGCUGGGAGAAGGCUGCGUGGGGAAGACGUCGCUGGUGCUGCGCUAUUGCGAGAACAAGUUCAACGACAAGCACAUCACCACUCUGCAGGCAUCUUUCUUAACAAAGAAGUUAAAUAUUGGUGGGAAAAGAGUUAACCUUGCUAUAUGGGAUACAGCAGGUCAAGAGAGAUUCCAUGCAUUGGGUCCAAUUUACUACAGAGAUUCAAAUGGAGCUAUUUUAGUUUAUGAUAUAACAGAUGAAGAUUCUUUUCAGAAGGUAAAAAACUGGGUCAAAGAAUUACGAAAAAUGUUGGGAAAUGAAAUCUGUUUAUGUAUAGUUGGUAAUAAAAUAGAUUUGGAAAAAGAGAGACAUGUUUCCAUUCAAGAAGCAGAAUCAUAUGCAGAGUCUGUGGGAGCAAAACAUUAUCAUACUUCAGCCAAACAAAACAAAGGAAUUGAGGAGCUCUUUCUUGACCUUUGUAAACGAAUGAUAGAGACAGCCCAAGUGGAUGAGAGGGCAAAAGGCAAUGGCUCUAGUCAACCAGGAGCUGCCAGGCGAGGUGUACAGAUUAUUGAUGAUGAACCUCAAGCCCAGAGCAGUGGAGGAGGGUGCUGUUCUUCUGGAUAACUGUUCAUGCCUAAGAAAUUUAAAAACAAAACUGUGGAUCAUUGCCCUCAACAUGAAGACUGCCAUAUUCCAAGUCACAUUAUUUUACCAAUGGAGUUAUAGAAUUAACAGUAUUUUAAAUUACGUUUAUAACACUGCAGAGACCUUAAGUGCUAAACUUAGUGGAGUUUGUGACCAGAGAAUUGGCAUUUUCUACAAAUGUUAACAAAGCAAUUACCAAUGGCCUUUUUACAUUUUUUCUUUAAUGAGGAAUAAUAUGCAUGUAGAAAAGACAUACUUAAAGGCUUCAUUUAUAUUCUUUUAAAUCAAAUCUUUAUUUAAUAACUUAUAUAUGUUGUUGGUAUGGUAUACAUUUUUUGCAGUUCUUCGUAUUUUGUGGUAGUUUGAAUUGUAUCACUCCUAAACUGCAAAUUUUUUUUUUUUGAUUAGCAGAUACCUGAAGUACUAUUUUUGCAGGGUUUGCACAGACCCCUAACUGUCUACUACUUUGAUAUAAUCUAUAUCCAUCCUGUAUGCUGAGCUGGUUGUAAAUUACAUAUUAAAUAUUUUAUCUGCUUUUACCAACCGCAAGGUGCAAAAGUAUAUAUGGUAGUUUCAUUGAUGACUGUAAAGUGGAUUAACAUUUGGAAUAAUCCCUAAGCUUUUGACUCUGUUAUAAACAUUAUUAUUCCCCUUCA